GGCACCACAAUGUCAGCACACUUUGUGCAUUUAGUUUAAUUUAUUCCGAACAGAGGGAACCAAGAUUGUUGCUGAGAUUUUUAAAUUUCAAACACAGUGACUAUAGAAACUACAGCUUUGGACAGGCCCGCAGACUACUGAUUGGCCAUGUUGCAAGUUUUUGCUUGUCUGGUGCUGUGUUUGCCGGUAGCAACCAACUGUCUUCACAGCAGUCAAGUACGAAAUAACAGACAACUGCAAGCUGGACCCCGCUGCUACUCCUGUCAGGGCGUGAACCAGCCGUACAACUGUAACGUCACUGUCACUUGCCAACCACAGGAGCAAUGCUUCACUGACGAGUACUCCACGGUCAAUGGACACACCAGCUUCACCGUUGGAUGUCGACCUAUGGCGAUGUGCAACUCUGCGUUAGGUAGGAGAUCGGAGGUUAGGAGAAGUAAUGAUCCAACCCUAAAGUGUGAAGAGUGUUGCCAUGGUGACCAGUGCAACAGUGGGGGAUGCAGUGCUGGACCACCGAAAGGAUACAGUUGUUACGAAUGUGACUUCAUCGAUGACCCUAAAACAUGUGACAAGGAGACGAGAUGUAAUGCAAACGAGCACUGUUACGUCGAUAAGGUGUAUACAGACAACUAUAACAUAAAAUAUAAUCUUGGCUGUGCAGAGGAUUCAGAAUGUAACAUUAAAGGAGACAGGAAGCGAGACAAGGUGCUCUCCACAAUGUGCUCCGCCUGCUGCGACGGCAACUACUGCAACCAAGACUGUCAAAAUCCGAUCUUGACCCACUGCUACUCGUGUCUGCGUAUAGACCACCCCUACAACUGCAACCUCACUGUGGAGUGCAGACCUAAUGAGCAAUGUUACGUAGACAAGUAUAUGACGGAACGUGGAACUAGUGUGUACGAUGCUGGGUGUCGGGCCGUCUCAAUUUGUGCUGCCAAGUUAGGUCGGAGGUCAGAAGAGAAGAGGGUUCCCCCUACCCUCAAGUGUGAGGAGUGUUGCCAUGGCAACUACUGUAACAAAGAAGGAUGUGACGCCGAGCCUGCGAAAGGCACCGUUUGCUACGACUGUAACUUCAUCAGCAAUCCCACACUUUGCUACAAGAAGACGACAUGUCGAACAACUCAACAAUGCUACGCUCAAAAGGUUUUGACAGACGCUUUUGUCAUAAAAUAUAAACUCGGCUGUCUGGAUAAUGAUGACUGUAAGACUCUGCAACGGAAAAAGCGGGACCAGGUUCUAUCAACCAUGUGCGCCAGCUGCUGUGACGUGGACAACUGCAACAACGACUGCGCCUAACCGAGUGUUUAACAGAUGAUACAACCAAUGUUUGAGCAUUUCAUGUCUUCUAAAACAUGUCCAAGUAAAUAUGAUGACAAAAUAAAAGUUAUUCACUCAU